UAUCCAAGCAGAGGUGUGCCAACGGAUAACAAUUGCCAUUGCUGCCAUUUCAUCCACAAAAGUCCACAGAAUCACACACAUCCGCAGGAGCAGCAAGCCACCAACAAACCCAAAAAAAAAAAAAAACACAGAAUACAAAAGAAAAGGAAACAGCAAAACAGAAAAUCCGAAACUUUAAUUGAGAUAGCGACGACAACAACAACAACCAACUGUAACCGAAUUCGAUUCAUUAUUCAACUGUCCAAAACUGUGAUUGAGUGGCAGGCGCCAGGCCCCAUCCCCAUCCCAUGCCACAUUAAUUUAUACAUUAAGCAUUGCAAUCCAUGUGCCUGCCGGACAGAACAUGGAUAUUUUGGCUCCUACCCACAUCUGAAUGGGCCCCAGUGCCGUGAACAAUUGGAAAUCUAAUUAACCACGUCAAUGUCAUUUACAGACAAGUUUCACUUCUCCAUCUCCAUUGCUAGGAUUCAUUAAGAUUGAAGCAUCCAUCAUAUCCACAACAACAUCCCAAAAAAAAAAGGCGUUGCUGGCGGAAAGAGAAAUCAACAACCAAAAAAAAAAAAAACACAUUUCUUGCGGCCAAAAGGAAAGCGAAAGCAGUUAACACUCGUGUGCCAAUAACAUUGUGUGUGUGAGUGCGUGUCUGCAUGUGUGUGUGUGUGUCUCUGUGUGUGUGUGCUCGUUUAGUGUUUUAUGUAUUGAUAAGGCGUCUUUAUACUCUGCAAAACUGAUGCUGACAUCACUCUCCUUUCAUUAACUGGAACUGAGGACGACGUCACAAAAAACCAAAAAGCUGCCAUAACAUAUAUAUAAAUAUAUAUUUAAACGCCAAUUAAGAAACCCAACACACACACGCAACAAAAUGUUCUCAAUGUGCACCAAAGUAAAGUCCAGGAGCAACGAUACGGAGUUCUCCUUUAUGCAGCAUCCACACCAAAUGCAAUUGCAGCAGCCUCAGGCCUCGGGCUCUGGUGGUCCUGGCACUGGCGGAAAGCAAAUCAAAGGUGGCUACCUACUGCGCUACAAAAAGCAAAUGCUAUGGAGUCGCUGGGCAGAGGAAUGGGUGGUGCUUUAUGAUGACUCUACCAUGGCUUGGUUUACCGAGCCAGGUCGUUCCUCGCCAUCAGGAAAAAUUCUGGUAAAGGAGGCGCCUGAAAUGCUAGCCAUUGCCCACUGGACGGGCCAAAUACCACGACGACCUCCAUUACCAGCCGGAGUUAAUGUCUCGCAAUUGAUUGCUUUGGGUUCGCAACGUAAGCGCUCUAAGGUCUACUGGAUGUUGGCCAAGUCCGAGCAGGAAGUAAGCGACUGGAUUGAUGCCAUAACCAAAACGCUGCCACCACCACCACAAAUCGAGCUUGUGGUGGACAAGCCUCAAUUAAUGAACGUACUUCGCCGUCCAUUGGUCCGGAUUAGACCGGCCACCCAAUCGGAGGUUAAGCAGCGAAAGGCAGCGGCACACAGCAGCAGUCGCCAUCAUCGUUGCACUUCGACGGCAUUAACAACCCCAAGGACCCUAUACAAUUACAAUCAGAAUCCCUUGAUCAAGAGCGAUGCGGCUGUGGCCAUACUUAGCAAGAGACCGGAUUCGAAAGCCUCGUUGGCUUGUGCCCUGCCCUGGGGACACGGCUGGGGCUGGGCCACAUUGCCGAAUGGUGUCUGGAGCGGCGGUCUGACCUGGUCACAGUGUGAGGACACCUUUACUCUGCACGCACUGCCCACCACCCAUUGCACGAAUCUGAUCGAUACAUCGUGUAGCGGUGCCGUCUAUCACACCGAUAUCGGUGGCUUUGAUUUCCAUUCGUCAGGCGUGGAUGAUAUUGGUGGCGAGGACUUUGACUAUGCCAUGGACUGCGGCGAUUUCAUAUUUUAAAAUCGGAAAAACACUCGAAAGUAGUCAAACCAACCCACCCAAAAAAAAAAACAAAAUAACAAAAAACCAAUUGCUUGGUAGUAUUUCUAUGUGCUUCCUACUCCCGUUUCUGUUAGAUAUACAAAAUGUUGAGUGGUUUGAGUGGGACAAGGGCAAAUAGUGAAUAAGUGAAAGCAUCAUUAAGUAUACGCCAUGAAGUCCACACUCCCUGCCGCUCCCACCAUACACUUUUUAAGCAACGAUUCGUCGUCGUCGUCGUCUACAUCUUUGUUCUCAAUGUGCCAAUUUGGGGUACAUCUCGAGCAGUUAAACACAUUAAACUUACGACAAACAACUGAAAUCUCCUCCCGCCCCUCUUCAUCUUCAUUACAAUUUGUACAACUAACCCAAUCUAUGUAUGUAUCCCAUCUAUCUGUGUCUGUGUCUGUGCCUGGAUAUGUGUGUAAGUGUGUCUGCACGUGAAUGCCAUAGAAUGAAUAUUUAUGGAAAACUAACUAAGGCUAGCCGAUAUGUAUGUACAUACUCUUGUCUCCAACAUUAUCUUUGUUAUUGCCUUGUAACAAGUUUCCUGCAAUAAAAACUUUUUCCACAAAAGCGCAAUUUAAACAAAAAAAAAGCAACAAACUAAAAUAGAUAAAAUAGAAAAAAGUGGGGAAAUCCCAAAGAUAAUGUUUUCCAUCAAUCAACAAUAUUUAAAAAUUUAACUAAAAUAUCAGAACUCAAGAACUUUG